AUGGAAGCACUUCCCAUCACAUUGAAGCAAAUGGUUGGCAACACAGAAGCAGCAACGCUCUUGAUUAAAAAUGACAGACGUUUGUUGGAAAUUCCAGACCAUAAAGGUGAAACACCUUUGGAUAAAGCUUAUCAAAAUAUGCAUCUUGACACCAUUGAUUUUUUGCUGAAAGCUGUGUACGAUGAUAUAAAACCCAAGAAACAGUCUUCUACUUUAGAGGAUUCUGUUAGCCCUGGUGUAAAACUAGGCGUUAACCUUCUUGUUAAUGUUGUUUCUGCAAAGAAAUAUGAGUUUGCUGUGGAAAAUGAUAAUGUACUUCUGGCAAUAGCUAAAACUUUUCCAAUGGGGCUGGAUUACUGGGAAACACUUAUAUAUCCAAUUAUGGGUGAUAUCUGUGAAAGGAUAGUCAAGAGAGGCAAGGACUCGUUUACAAUAUUUGUAGACUUCUACGAAGGCAUGAUGUGCUUAAUAGAAGAUAUACCUGACGAAGUGAUCUUUGUUUGUGGACAAAUGCUACUAUUCAUGACGUUAAUGGGUGAGCCAUUGAUAUAUAACCUGUUAAUAUAA